GCGGCCCCGCGGGCGCAGGUCUCGCUCAUCAGCACGUCGUUCGUGCUCAAGGGGGACGCGACGCACAACCAGGCGAUGGUGCACUGGACGGGCGAGAACAGCAGCGUGAUACUGAUCCUGACGAAGUACUACCAUGCGGACAUGGGGAAGGUUCUGGAAAGUUCCCUGUGGCGGUCAUCGGACUUCGGCACGUCCUACACCAAGCUCACCCUGCAGCCUGGCGUCACCACCAUCAUCGACAACUUCUAUAUCUGCCCGACCAACAAGAGGAAGAUCAUCCUGGUGAGCUCUUCACUCAGCGACCGUGGGCAGAGCCUCUUCCUGAGCACUGACGAGGGCGCCAGCUUCCAGAGGCAGCCCAUCCUGUUCCUCGUGGAGACCCUCCUUUUCCACCCCAAGGACGAGGACAAGGUCCUGGCCUACACCGAGGAGAGCGAGCUCUAUGUGUCGUCUGACCUGGGGAAGAAGUGGACGCUUCUGCAGGAGCAUGUGACCAAAGACCACAUGUUCUGGGCUGUGUCUGGGGUGGACGCUGAGCCCGACUUGGUCCACAUGGAGACCCAGGACCUCAAUGGAGGUGUUCGUUAUGUCACCUGCCGGAUCCACAGCUGUUCCGAUGAGAUGCUGGUAGCCCCGUUCCCUGGCCCCAUUGACCAUGGCUCGCUGGCAGUGCAGGACGAUUACAUCCUCCUCAAGACAACCUCAACAAACCAGACCAAAUACUAUGUCUCUUAUCGUCGCAAUGACUUCGUCCUGAUGAAGCUGCCCAAGUACGCGCUGCCAAAGGACCUGCAGGUGAUCAGCACGGAUGAGAGCCAGGUGUUCGUGGCGGUGCAGGAGUGGUACCAGACUGACACCUACAACCUGUACCAGUCGGACCCGCGCGGUGUGCACUACGCGCUGGUGCUGGAGGACGUGCGCAGCUCGCGGCAGGCGGAGGAGAGCGUGGUCAUCGACAUCCUCGAGGUCAGAGGGGUGAAAGGGGUCUUUCUGGCGAACCGGAAGGUUGAUGGGAAGGUGAUGACCCUCAUCACGUACAACAAGGGCCACAACUGGGACUUCCUGAGGCCACCCAGCAGCGACAUGAACGGCAAGCCCACCAACUGCCAGCCCCCUGAUUGCCACCUGCACCUGCACCUGCGCUGGGCAGACAACCCCUACGUGUCGGGCACCGUGCACACCAAGGACACCGCCCCCGGACUCAUCAUGGGCGCAGGUAACCUAGGCUCGCAGCUGGUGGAGUACAAGGAGGAGAUGUACAUCACAGCGGAUUGUGGGCGCACCUGGCGGCAGGUGUUCGAGGAGGAGCAUCACAUCCUCUAUCUAGACCACGGCGGUGUGAUUGUCGCCAUCAAAGACACCUCCAUCCCCCUGAAGAUACUCAAGUUCAGCGUGGACGAAGGUGUCACAUGGAGCACGCACAACUUCACCGGCACCUCGGUGUUCGUAGACGGGCUGCUGAGCGAGCCGGGAGAUGAGACGCUGGUCAUGACGGUCUUCGGCCACAUCAGCUUCCGCUCCGACUGGGAGCUGGUCAAGGUGGACUUCCGGCCCUCCUUCUCCCGGCCGUGUGGUGAAGACGACUAUGGCUCCUGGGACCUGGCCAGCCUCCAGGGCGACCGCUGCAUCAUGGGCCAGCAGAGGAGCUACCGGAAGAGGAAGCCGGCGUCCUGGUGCGUCCAGGGCAGGAGCUUCACGUCGGCGCUCUCGGUGCGCGUGUGCCAGUGCCGGGACUCGGACUUCCUCUGUGACUACGGGUUCGAGCACACGCCCUCUUCCGAGCCAGGCACCAAGUGCGCAGCCAACUUCUGGUUCAACCCCCUGGCCCCGCCGGAUGACUGCGCAGUGGGCCAGACCUACACCAGCAGCGCGGGGUACCGGAAGGUGGUGUCCAACGUGUGUGAGGGCGGUGUGGACCUGCGGCGGGGCCCAGGAGCCCAGAGCCUGAAACUGCACCACAUCCUCACAGCCUACCUGGGUCCCGGAGCCCAGCCCACGGGCGUCACGGCCCCUUUCUGGGCCCACCCAGGGCACCCGCCGCACCCCUGGCUGUGCACUGGGGCCAAGCAGCGGGAGAGGAGCCACCUGAAGAUGCUCUCCCAAGAGGGGCUCCCUGUGCUCCCGGGCCUGGGAGCGGCCGCCGGCUUCCUUGGGAAGGGGGUGCAGGAGUCUGCACCACUCUCCAUGGCCCUGCUUCCGUGGAGGCUGGGACAGAGCCAGACCUGGUCCCCAUGGGUCCCCACUGCUGAGUGGCCUUGUGGUGCUUCCCUUCAGGGUGACGUCCUGACUACCAAGUACCAGGUGGACCUGGGGGAUGGCUUCAAGGCUAUGUAUGUGAACCUCACACUGACUGGUGAGCCCAUCCGGCACCGCUACGAGAGCCCCGGCAUCUACCGCGUGUCUGUCAGGGCAGAGAACAUGGCGGGCCACGAUGAGGCCGUGCUCUUCGUCCAGGUCAACUCCCCCUUGCAAGCCCUCUACCUGGAAGUGUCCCCUGUCAUUGGCGUCAACCAGGACGUGAACCUCACAGCUGUGCUGCUGCCCCUGAACGCCAACCUCACUGUCUUCUACUGGUGGAUUGGUCACAGCCUGCAGCCCCUCCUCUCCCUGGACAACUCAGUGACCACGCGGUUUGCAGCCCCGGGGGACGUGCGCGUGACGGUGCAGGCGGCCUGUGGGAGCUCGGUGCUGCAGGACUCCAGGGUGGUCCGCGUGCUGGAUCAGUUCCAGGUGGUACCUCUGUGCUUCUCCCGGGAGCUGGACGCCUUCAACCCCAACACGCCAGAAUGGAGGGAGGACGUGGGCCUGGUGGUCAGCCGGCUGCUCUCCAAGGAGACCAGUGUCCCUGAGGAGCUGCUGGUGACCGUGGUGAAACCGGGCCUGCCCACCAUGGCCGACCUGUAUGUGCUGCUGCCCCCUCCCAGGCCCACGAGGAAGAGGAGCCUCUCAAGUGACAAGAGGCUCACAGCAGUCCGGCAGGUGCUGAGCGCCCAGAAGAUCAGCUUCCUCGUGCGGGGCGGGCUGCGCAUCCUGGUGGCCCUGAGGGACACGGACACAGGACAGGGGCCGCACAGUGCUGCCUCCGCAGUGAGUCGCGGGCAGCGGCCAGGAUCCUCGGGACCCGCACCCCCUAGCGGCCUCCGUUGUGCUGGAGGGGGACAGAGGGACUGCAGUAGGAUCCAGGCUGUGGCCUUUCUUGAUUGCCAAAUUCAUGGAGGCCCUGGCUUCCCGAGAGCCCUACCUGGGUAUUCCUGCAGGAAACGCCCAGGCAGGACGGUGUACGCGCAGAUGCACAAUGAGAAGGAGCAGGAGAUGACAAGCCCCGUGAGCCACGGCGAGGACGUGCCGGGCGCCGCCGUGCAGGGCAACCACUCCGGCGUGGUCCUGAGCAUCAACUCCCGCGAGAUGCACAGUUACCUGGCAGUCACCGUCUGGGUGGCUCUGUCAACCACAUUCUCAAGAACCCCCUUUCCAGAGCACCCAGCGCUUCCCAUCUGGUGUCCCCGGUGUCCCCUGCGGGUUUGGGGGCCCGGUGAAAGGACCCCUGCCUGAAGUUCCCACUCCCGCCAGCAGGCGGUGCCCUCCUGAAGCCUGGCUGUCCAGCCUGAGCUGCGAAGAGCCAGCUAACCAGGAAAGGGGCUAGUGCACCCGGGCACCCAGGUCUCUGCACAGCUCACAGCUGGGGUGCCCGUAGAACCCAGCUAGGAUGGGGGCAGAGCUGAGGGCCCCAGGAGCAGGCCCCUCUUGGUGAAAGAGGGGCAGCUUUCCCAAGGUCGUGGCAAGAUUGUGGCAAGGGUGGCCCCAGAACCAGCUCCCUGCCCCCCAAGCAGGACACUUCCGCUGCUCAGGCUGCUGGGCAGGGACACAGACAGCGG